CAGAACCACAAGUUGGGUAGGCUGGCAGUGUUAGAAGUCUAAGCCCGGCAUAGUGGUCAGCAGGCAGGACGAAUCAUACUGGCUACAAACCACAGGGUUUCGCAGAGCGGUGAACAUCAUCAACCCACAGCCAAGACACUGCUUUUUUUUUUUUUAAUCUUUAACAAUUUGAAUAUUUGUUUUCGCAAAGGUAAAAGAAAUCAUUGAAUCCCCCGCCUUCAGAAGAGGGUGCAUUUUCAGGAGGAAGCGAUGGCUUCAGACAGCAUAUUUGAGUCAUUUCCUUCAUACCCACAGUGCUUCAUGAGAGAAUGUAUACACGGAAUGAAUCCAUCUAGAGAUGUUCACGAUGCCAGCACGAGCCGCCGCUUCACGCCGCCUUCCACCGCGCUGAGCCCCGGCAAGAUGAGCGAGGCGCUGCCGCUGGGCGCCCCGGACGCCGGCGCCGGCCUGGCCGGCAAGUUGAGGAGCGGCGACCGCAGCAUGGUGGAGGUGCUGGCCGACCACCCUGGCGAGCUGGUGCGCACCGACAGCCCCAACUUCCUCUGCUCUGUGCUGCCCACGCACUGGCGGUGCAACAAGACCCUGCCCAUCGCUUUCAAGGUGGUGGCCCUAGGAGAUGUUCCAGAUGGCACCCUGGUCACUGUCAUGGCGGGCAAUGAUGAAAACUACUCCGCCGAGCUGAGAAAUGCCACCGCGGCCAUGAAAAACCAGGUGGCAAGGUUCAAUGACCUCAGGUUUGUCGGUCGCAGUGGAAGAGGGAAAAGCUUCACUCUGACCAUCACCGUCUUCACAAACCCGCCACAAGUUGCCACUUACCACAGAGCCAUCAAAAUCACAGUGGAUGGACCCCGAGAACCUCGAAGACAUCGCCAGAAACUAGAUGAUCAGACCAAGUCUGGGAGCUUGUCCUUUUCCGAGCGGCUCAGUGAACUGGAGCAGCUGCGUCGCACGGCCAUGAGGGUCAGCCCACACCACCCAGCCCCCACACCUAACCCUCGGGCUUCCUUGAACCACUCCACUGCCUUUAACCCUCAGCCUCAGAGUCAGAUGCAGGAUACAAGACAGAUCCAAGCAUCCCCACCGUGGUCCUACGAUCAGUCCUACCAGUACCUGGGAUCAAUCGCCUCUCCUUCCGUACACCCAGCAACACCCAUCUCGCCUGGACGGGCCAGCGGCAUGACUACCCUCUCUGCAGAGCUUUCCAGUCGGCUCUCAACUGCGCCGGACCUGACGGCCUUCGGCGACCCGCGCCAGUUCCCCGCGCUGCCCUCCAUCUCAGACCCUCGCAUGCACUACCCCGGCGCCUUCACCUACUCCCCGACGCCCGUCACGUCAGGCAUCGGCAUCGGCAUGUCGGCCAUGAGCUCCGCCACGCGCUACCACACGUACCUGCCACCGCCCUACCCCGGCUCGUCGCAGGCGCAGGGCGGCCCGUUCCAGGCCAGCUCGCCGUCCUACCACCUCUACUACGGUGCCUCCGCCGGCUCCUACCAGUUCUCCAUGGUGGGCGGCGAGCGCUCGCCACCGCGCAUCCUGCCGCCCUGCACCAACGCCUCCACCGGGUCCGCGCUGCUCAACCCCAGCCUCCCGAACCAGAGCGACGUGGUGGAGGCCGAGGGCAGCCACAGCAACUCGCCCACCAACAUGGCGCCCGCCGCGCGCCUGGAGGAGGCCGUGUGGCGGCCCUACUGAGGGGGCCCGUCGCGCCGGCCGGGUCAGCCGGGCCGCGCCGCCGGACGUCGCCCCAGCAAGAGCCUCGUCAGGGCCCGGCCUUGUGUUCUGGAGAGAUCCGCGUGGGACCCGCCACCGGCCACCGGCCCUGGGGAGCGCGUGCCUGCGGCCUCCAAGCCGCCCGCGCCCCUGAAGCCCGCGCGGCGCGCCGUGGCUGUCGGCCCGUCUCCGAUUUUUCAGACCUGACGCAACUGGAGGGUGUCCGCUCCCCCGCCACGUGGGCACGUGGUAAAGCAAACAGGAAGAUUCCCGGAGGGAAACUGUGAAUGCUUCUGAUUUAGCAAUGCUGUGAAUAAACGAAAGAUUUUAUACCCUUGACUUCACUUUUUAACCAAGUUGUUUAUUCCAAAGAGCGUGGAAUUUUGGUUUAGGGGUGAGGGGAAGACAGCUCAUCCUGUUUGGCAUCAAAUUCAUAUUUUUAAUUUUCUUUUCCAGCACCUUAUAAAUUGCAAAAUGCGUAUUUGCAUUUGGGGUGGUUUUUAUUUUAUAUAUAUAUAUAUCUAUAUAGAUAUAUAUAUAUAUAGAUAUAUAUAUAAAUUUGAGCUUGCUUUUUUUCUUGCUAUGACAAUUGAAAGAAAUAUGAUUCCUCUUUCUGUUUUAUUUAACUUUUCUUUUGGACUUGUGUGUAGUUGUUUUUUGAGAAACAGCUACAGCUUUGGGUCAUUUUCAACUACUGUAUUCCCACAAGGAAUCCCUAGAUAUUUAUGUAUCUUGAUGUUUAGACACUUACUUAUGUGUUGAUACUUUUUUUAUUAUUUAAAUGUACUUAUAUUAAGAAAAAUAUCAAGUACUACAUUUUUUUUUUGAUAGUAGCCAAAGUUAAAUGUAUCACAUUGAAGAAGGCUGGGAAAAAAGGAUGGGUAAUGUGAUCACUUGGUUAUCUAAAUAUUGUUUACAUUAAACUUCCUUUAAUGUUAAUCAAACGAGUUGGUAGCUAAUGCAGCAAUGUUUUUCAUAGGCUUUUUUGAUAUUAAGGGUCACUCCAAAGAUCUGAAGUAUGGAAUUCUCUGCCAAGCUCAACAAAGGGUCUCAUAUCUGACCCCCUCCCUUCAAACAGAGAAGGUCAAAUCUGGCUCCAGACCGUUCAUGUAGAUGCCAAUGAUUGCACCUCUGGAGAGGAUUUAUUUUCUGCCUAGGGAUUUGCUCACUCCAUAGCUUCUUGAUCAUUUCAGACAUGCUUUGUCACAGAACAAACCCAAAGUAAGCUGUAUCCACAUGGGAACUAAAUAAAUGAACUGAGGGGGUCCCUUAAAUGCUCAGUUCUGGGAUAGAAAAGAGAUCAUCUGAAUCCAGAGUUCAGGUGUUCUUAGCUCCAAGAGAAUAUUCCUCUUUGAUCCAGUACCUGUUCAUUUAUGCAGAACAAAACUUGUGGCUGUUCCCCAAGCCUGGGACUAGACCGGGUGCUUUUGACAGCCAAAGGUCCCCAGCUAAACUUCCAUAGGGUGGGCCCAGAAGCAGGCCCGGACAAGCCAGUUUCCCUCUGUGUGUGUGUGUGUGUGUCUGUCUGUCUGUCUGUCUCUGGAGUCCCAUGGGAGAGCAUCAUCCCACCUGUGCAGGACCCCAUCCCACGCUGUCCUCCACCACCACCUUGGUGUUGCUUCCACCUGGCUGAGACCCUACCCUGUGGGCUGUGUGCGCUUUUCCCUGCACAUCAGCAUGACAGGAAGGAUGUCACUGCUGCCCACGGCUACAAUUCAAACAUAUCCAAUGUCACUGUAAAUUUUAUGGCACUAUUUUUAUUGGAGGAUUUGGUCAGGAGGCAGUUGUACAACUCAUAAAUACUAACUGCCGAUUCUGACAUAUGUGUGCUUAAAAUGAUCUGGUUGUUAUUUAAUGUACCUCUUAAAUUAGCUGAAACAAUUUCAGGUCAACUCAGAAGAGUAUUUGAAAGCAGGACUUUAGAACAGUGUUUGAUUUUUAUUUUAUAAAUUUAAGGAUUCCAAUUAGAAAAAUCUUUGGCUGCAGGCAGCAAGACAGCUGGACUUAUUUAAAACAACUUGUUUUUUGAGUUUUCUUAUAUAUAUGUAUAUAUAUAUAUAUAUUGAUUAUUUGUUUUACACAAAUGCAGUAGCACUUUGGUAAGAGUUAAAGAGUAACCAAUUUGUGUUGUCAGGUCGUUCUUAUCUAGAAAAAACCUAAAGCAGAUCUUGGAGAAACUCAGAAUAUGUUCAUUUUGAUUUUAGACAUAAUUCUCCCUCCACAAUUCAAUUUCAUGUUGUAUCCUAUAUUACAUUUUUGCAGCAAAGUUAUCCUUAAAUGCCAGUAAAUUUAAAAUGUUUAUUUCUUAAAAGGAACCUUAGCCCAUUUUCCCCAAGUUGAAUUUAAAUGUUCUUCUCAGCACGAGUUGCCAUAUCUGACCUGAUAAAAUGUUGGGAGAAAAACGAAGGAAAAAAAAUUAUAUUUUUCAGUUCAAUUGUACCUGAAGAUAUUCCAACUCAAAAUCAGCCUAAUGCCCUAGAGGGGAAUCAGACAAUCUCGUACAUUGAAUCUUCACUCUCAAAGCCGUGUAUGAGGAGGGCAUGUCACUUUGUUGUAGACCCACUGGUUUGGCCAUUCAGAGUUUCAUAGACCCUUACCAGCACAGGUAGCAGUUAAUUGGUCCAGAAAAAAAUAAACCUUCCUUGUUUUGUAGAUAGGUCUCAUACUCAAUGCAUUUUCCUCCCUAAGGAUUUGCAUUCAUUGCCUUCAGGUAAAUUAAGGUGGUCCUUUUUUCAGGGAGACCCUUAAGCCAAUAAUGUAAUAACUGGAUGUAUCUGGAAGCAUUGGUGCAGGAGAAGAAAGAUUAAAUAAGCCAUCUCUACUGCGUAUUCAUGCCCUUAUUUAUAAUUUCAACAUGGACACGUUUCAUUUCAGUUUUUUGUUUUUCUCACUAUCUAAAAUGCUUCUGUUUCUCUCCCUCUCUGCCCCUUCAUAUCUCCCUCUUUCUCUCUCCCCACCCUGCACCCCCCAGUCCAUUCUUCCACUUUGUAUAAGGAAAUAUAGCACACACCCCCACCCCAACACCAAAUAUCCAAAACAAGCGGAGCUGCGGUUCUCCUCCCUUUACAUAAGGAACAUGGUGAGUCAGCUUUCCUCCUGCUUAUGGGUUUCUUCCAGCAGAACAGAGACGUUGCCGACCAUUCUGGGUCUGCUUACUGUCCAAGUGCAGCAACAGAAGCCUUCCUGGGCAAAUUACAAUCAGUGAGUUAAUAGACAGCCUUUCUGCUGCCUGGGGUUUUUGUGCAGAUAAACAGAAAUGCUCUGAUUAGAAAGGAAAUGAAUGGUUUCACUCAGAUGUCCUGCAAUUUAGGAUUGCAGAUUUCUUUCCUGAAAUACCUGUUUCCUUGGGACAUUCCGUCCUGGUGAUUUUUGUUUUUGGUGGGUUUUUUUUUUUUUGGGGGGGAUGACAUGUUUGGGGUCUUUUAUACAUCAAAAAUCAGUUUAACAAUAAUCUCAGAGAACAUUUUUUAUACCUGAACAAAAUGCCUUUUUGUUUACCUACAGUAUACAAUUGUUUGGCAGGGGUUUUGUUUGUCUGUUUGGAGUUUUCCCCCUUCUUUUAGCCAGAUCAGUAUUGAUGAGGCUGAUCAUUUGGCAUUAUCUUUUACUUCCAGAAGAGUUGCAUCAACAAAGUUAAUUGUAUUUAUGUAUGUAAAUAGAUUUUAAGCUUCAUUAUAAAAUAUUGUUAAUACCUGUAAGAACUGUUUUCAAUUUUUUGUGUGUUUCUAAGGACUUUUUCUUAUGUUUGCUAAAUACUGUAGACAAAAAUGCUUCUUUCUACCUUGUUUAUUUUAGACUUUAAAACAAGCUACUUUUUAUUCACUUUUGUAAAGAGCAAAUAGCAUGGUUCCAAUUUUUUUUUUUUUAAGUUCACUUUUUGUUCUGGGGGAAAUGAAUGUGCAAAAAAAACCCCUGUUGGUUAUUUGUGCUAUUCUGGAUGUAUAAAAAUCAAUGGAAAAAAAUAAACUUUCAAAUUGAAA